ACAAGAACAAAAUGGCGUCCUCUAAAGAAAAUGAGCACCACUUGCCACAAAUGCAAAGCGUAUUUGCAAGGAAGAUUUACAUUCACUGGUUAAUGCAAGUGAACAGAUAAAGAUGUGUUUGUCUUAAAAUAGCAGCAGAUUUUAUUUAAAAACAUUUACUGCUUUAUUGGUGCUGCAUGUUUAAAUUUGUCUUAUGAGUAAUUUUAAACAUAAAAAAUUGGUUAUUUUUGAGCAUAAUCACCAUAUCUCCACCAGAGGUCACUAUUGCAUUGAGUUCUGACUUUCAAUCGCUAAUGUUCUCACCUAAUUCUCAUUUGAUUAUGUAUAUAUCCGGCUUUUACCUGCCUGUGGUACUCACUGUGUAUCGUAUGUUCCCAGACUACAGUUGGCUCUUUUGUCUGUUUCAGUUUCUGCGACUGAAAUGUGACACCUGUUAUCAUCACCUCUCUAAAUAUUUUUUGUCAUUGAAGUUGUGGAUCUAGAUUAGCUGGUUCACGUUUGUUUGAAUGCAAAACACCCUAGAAAAGACAGUGGGGAUUCAUUGGGUGGGGUUAGAAAUAUGCUGCCUUCACUGCCUUCUAUCAGACAUUUGACUUACAGUUCCCACUUCUGAAGUCGGAGAGGUAAAAUUCGACACAACACCUGUACCGAAUUUCGAAGCUCGACCGCUGUGGAUCCGAAAAUGUCAAGCACAAUUGACUCAUCGCUGUGUCGUGUGGGUCUAAUAGUAACGUUGGCAGGUGUCGUCUAUCUGAUAGUCAUGUUUUCUUGGUUCUCACCUUCAAAUAAUUGUCUGACUCCACUUCCUAGAACUGAGAACAAGAACAAGAGCUCUAUUACUGAUGCAGUAGAACACAAACCUAUACUUCUGCUGUGGGUCUGGCCUCAAGAUUACAGGUUUGAGCUGAGUGACUGCAAAAGGUUUUACAAAAUUGAUAAUUGUAAGGUGACAGAUGAUAGAUCUCUCUACAGUGAUGCAGACGCUGUCAUGGUUUAUCACAGGGCCAUCAGUUGGGACCUGUCCAACCUUCCUCCAUCUCCUCGUCCUCCUUUCCAGAGGUGGAUUUGGUUACAUUUGGAAUCACCGACUAACACACAAAAAAUACCAGGUCUGGAAAACCUGUUCAAUCUCACUCUCAGCUACAGAAGUGAUGCUGACAUUACUGUACGGAUGCACUUGACCCCCAGGAAGAAACCAGAUGAGGAGUUUGUAAUUCCCAAAAAAGACAAACUGGUGUGUUGGAUUGUGAGUAACAACAUUCCUUCAACAGGUGUCGGCACAAGGAACGCUUUUUACAGAGAAUUCAGCAAAUACAUUGAAGUGCAUAUGUUCGGAAAGGCUUAUGCCACGUUUCUGGAUUUUAACGAAUACUAUCCUACCGUGGCGAGCUGCAAGUUUUACCUUUCCUUUGAGAACUCCAUCCACAAGGACUACAUCACGGAGAAGAUCAAUGGGCCACUUGCUGUAGGUACCGUCCCUGUGGUUUUGGGUCCUCCGAGAAAAAACUAUGAAAAAUUUGUUCCCGGCGACGCCUUCAUUCAUGUGAAUGACUUCCCAGAUGCAAAGUCACUGGCAGAAUAUCUGCUUCAGCUGGACAAGGACGACGAAGCAUAUGGCAGGUUCUUUACCUGGAGGAAACAUCUCACUCCAACUCCUCAUUUAAUACAACAAACCCAGGAGUUUGUUCUGGCUAUCUGCACUGCCUGUGACUAUAUAGUACGACACAGAGAAUAUAGAGAAGCUCACGAUAUUUAUGAAUGGUAUUUCAACUAAAAUCACCUCAGAUUGUGGAGUUAGUUACAAAUAGUGACAGAUUUUGCUACAAAUAUAUUUUGUUAACUAUUUCUGAAGGGUUCUCACUGUGAUGACGUAUACUCAGGUCAGGAUACUGUAUUUUAGGGCUGGGUAUUGACAAAGUUACACUGUGUACUAAGACCGACGGCAAAUGAAAAGUUGCGAUUUUCUAAGCCGAUAUGUCUAGGAACUAUACACUCAUUCCAGCGUAAUAAUCAAGGAACUUUGCUGCCAUACCAUGGGUGCAGCAGGCACAAUGAUAUGAAUAAGAGUAUAGUUCCUAGCCAUAUCGGCCUAGAAAAUUGCAACUUUUCAUUUCCCAUCGGUCUUAGUACACGAUGUAACUACAGAAAAGUCAAGUUUUAAAUAGGAAAAAUAUCGAAACUGUUUGGUCAUUUUUUAACGAUAUGUUAACGGUCUAAUCAGAUUCAGUGAACUAUGCUAAGCUAUGCUAAAAGUGGUACCGCCAGACCCGGAGAUCGGCUGAAUGGAUUCGAGAACGGUAAAACUCAACUGUUUAACUCUAGGGGAGUUGGAAAAUGAGCCUAUUUUCCAAAAAAGUGGAGUGUUAUUUUAAAGAAGAAUAGGUUAUAGGAAAAAGAAGUUCAACACCCUUAUUUCUAAAUCUAAUCUAAAAUCAUUUUUGUUUAUUAGUAUGGUUGAAUUAGAUCAUUGAAGGUCAGCAGCAAAGACAAUGGUGAUUAAAGUGAGAUUAAAUACAUAAAGUAUAUUUGUGUAAUUUAAUAUAGUUGAUUAUUACGGGUUUGCAGAAAAUUCUGAGAUUGUAUUUAACUGUUUUUAUUCAUUUUGAGGAAUACUGAAUGUUUUCGUACAAGUGAGAUGAGAUGAAAUGCAUGUUACUGUCAGUUAUUUUGUUUUCACAUUUAUUAACUAAGAUAUUUUGUUGUAAAUUAAAAAAAGUAAUGCAUUACUUUACUAGUUCAAAAAGUAAUCUGAUUACAUAACUCAAACUUGUAAUGCAUUACCACCAACACUAAUGUGAACAGAGCAAUUAAUAAUCUGGCCACAGCUUACACUGACUGCUACUGCUCUCUUCAGGGACUCAUUAUUCAAUUUCUGUUCAUCAAACAUCUGUGAAAUUUGUUUAGAUUCUGUCUCCGUUGAUAAAUCGUUUUAUGUUCACACAAAUAUUUAAACAUGUUAAGAAAUUUGCUGGAACAAAAGCAGUAGUUUAUAUAGAUUAGUUUAUAUAUUUUUCAUGUCUUUCAUUGUUUUGAUUGUUUACAAAAAUCAUUUGUUUACAACUGCAAAUAAAGACAUACAGAACAACA